CCUCUUUUCCCAGUUUGUUUACAACUUGGCCAUGUCUGAUGGAUUUUACUCGGUUGAAUCCCUUUUACACCUCUUUCGCAAAUUCGGUGUUGGUUUCCGGCCAGCCACGGACACCUUCUUCGAUGCUGGCAACAAACUCAUCAAGCCAUUCAUCCGGAUGGGCGUCGUGAGCAAUCCUCCAGACGUCGACGCUUUCCGCCCAGUGGAUAUCAUAUCCUGCAGUGUUCCUCACUGCGAAGCUCAAUUCGAGAGCCUCGAGAACUACGAGAAUCACUACAACUCCCUGCACAGAUUCACUUGCGCCGAGUGCCGGAAGUCAUUCCCAUCGGCGCAUUUGCUGGACUUGCAUGUGUCGGAGAAUCACGAUUCCUUCUUCCUGGUCAGCACGAAGAAGCGCCCAAUGUAUUGCUGCUACAUCGAGGAGUGCGGCGAGAAGCAUUGGACUUCGGAGGAGCGUCGAGAUCACUGCAUUUCAGUGCACAAAUUCCCCCACAAUUUCCGCUUUGGGCUGCCGAUGAAGGUGACCAAGGAGGAUGCCAAGAUGGACACAUGUCAGCCCCAGGAGGGCGCCAAGGAGACGAAGAAAGCACUGAAGUCCUUCACAUUCGGCCACGGCGUGACCAGAACAUUCGAAAAGGGCGCCGCGAAGCAAAAGACUGGCAAAUCUCGCAUCCUCGAGGACGAUGGAAACAAGGAUAUGGUCAUGGAUCUCAUGGAGAGUCUCCCGGAGUAGUUUUCUCUCUCUCGCGUGAAUUUUGAUAAAUAUAUAAUAAAUACACUUUAAUAUUAUCUACAGGCAAUAAAUAACGAGAUACUCA